GUUUCUGGACGUCUUUAUGGGGGCACUUCCAGGGUGGUCAUUAGGAGCCAGUCGCGAUGCACGCCAUGGAGCAGCGGCGGAGGAAAGGCAGCUGCGGCGCCUCCUCACCUCACCCCGGCGCUGUUCCGUGCCUGUGUCUGUUCAGAAGGUGUCACCUGGGAUCUCACUGCAGAGCCAGUGGACCAUUGAAAAAAAUGACAGAAAGCUGUGGGCAGGAGCAGACGAGAUGGAUAACAACAGUCAUUAUGAGCACAGCUCUCCAGGAUCAUGAAAUUUCUACAAUUCUACAGAGACAACAACACCGAGUUCGAUAUUCAGAAUCAGUGGAAACUGGAUCUGUGAUUUUUCCUCUUUCUGGUGUUGCAUUUAUACUGUCAGACACUCAAGAUUUGCUUAGGACAGGGGAAGAACAGUUUUCUGAAAGAAUUCAGAAGUUCAUAGGCAUUCAUCGGAACAGUUUUCUGGUUUUGUCAGCUGCUCUUCAUGGAUCAGAAGAAUGGAAUGUCAUGUUCAGGAUUCAGAAAAGUGACCAUGCACUGGACCAGGCUGCCCAGAGAGGUGGUGGAGUUUCUCUCACUGGAGAUAUUCCAGAACCAUCUGGACGAAAUCCUGUGCAAUGUGUUCUACGACGACCCUGCUUGAGCAGGAAGGAUGGACCAGAUGAACCAUCGUGAUCUCUUUCAACCUUACCUAUUCCGUGAAUUAUUUCCAGGAAUAUGUAUUUUAUUUUGCUAAUAUACUGGAAAAUUAUUUGAGGCAUUAAUAAAGAGAAUAUAAAGUGAGACAAUAUGACAUAUUAUAGGCAACAAGAGGAUGUACCUCAAAACAUAACAAGUAAUAUUCCCUUCAAUCACUUUAGGGCUAUGUAAUAUAAUAAAAGUUUUCUCUUGAACUGAAAAAUGAAGUAAUUUUCUUAGUUCUGUCACCAUCUUUUCAUGGUCAUUUUCAAAACAGAACAGGCAAGUUUACUUAAUUAGAAGAGGCUUUAUUGGCAAGUGCAGAUUAUUUACCAGCUUUUAAAAUCUGUUUACUUGGAACAGUGUCUAUUAUACAGAGCUUAACAAUUGAAAUAGUGUUAUUUUAUACCAAAAGUAUAAAACUGGACAUUAAAACUGGUUUGUUUAAAACUUUUGUCUGUGUUUUCUAAUGAAGCCUGAAAACUUGCAUAUUUCUGUACAUAUCUGCUGACAACAGUGAUCAGACUGCUUGUAGUCAGGACUAUUUUCUGGUAGGUACAGUAGCCCGAACUGCAGCUGUCACUCUUGGCCUCAAGAAGUGACUAUUGUAAUGAAGUCUUUGAUCUUUACCUCCUUGAAACAAACACCAGUUUCAUUAAAUCCCGGGCAUACUGCCAAAUGUUGAUGAAUAGCAGAGUGUAUGGGAUGAAAUGUAAGAAAUCUAUUACCCGUUUGUGAAAAUGCCAUACAUUUUCAUGAGAGGUCUUAAAAGUUCUGCCACCAUUCAGCAAGAACCUGUUAUUCAGCUGAUGGCAAGGCUAAUUUCUCAGUCUAGAUUUUGGUUACAUACAACAGAAUUUGUGCAUCUGUUGAUCACUAAAACGCAAUGUUUUUGGAACUGUAUUCCAUUUGGCAAGUCAGUAAUCUUAUUAAAAUAAAAAUAGUUUUAUCAUUGCAAGCAAUAUCAAAUUCAUGUUGACGAGGCACAAUUAUAUUUUAAAUGCAUUUGCUUUUUUACUACCUGGUAUCUUGGAAUUCUGUUGUAUGUAAAGCACUGACUGAGCUUCUGCAUUGGUGGGGUUGAAACUUGUGCCACGUUCUUUCAAACUACAAGUCACCUGUUGGAUUUGUUAAAAAACAGAACACCUUAGUACUCAGUUUGUCUUCUAUUACUGUUUCUUUCUGCUUAUCUAUGGUUUUGCUGCAUCUGGGGAAGGAUUGUUUUUUAUUAUUAACAAGAAAAUUAUAGGAUUCUUCAUCAACAACAUGAACACCUUCUGUAAGGUUGUGUAUAGUGUGGGGGAAGCGGGAGAAAAGCAGUAGCUUAAAUGAGCAUUCCACUAAUAACCUCAGUAGGUGUGUAUGUUAGGUUUUUAACACCCUGGAGGAAAGACCAGAUGUGUUCAAAUGGCCAGUAUUCUGUCUGUUAAACAAAUUAAAACUAAAUUUAGACCUGCUGUAAUUGGAAGCAGAACUGUUUAUAAAAACAGAUUUUCAUGGAUCUAGGUAAAUACAUGUAACUGUUUCUUUGUUGCACUUUGUUCAUUCAUCAUGCUUUGCUUAGCCCAUUCUAGUAUUAAUAAAAUUGCAUCAAUUUA